UUGCACAAGCGUCAGACGCAAUUUCCGGAUACUUGUUAACAACAGCGUGAUACCAUUCUUAGAAAUCAAUGUAAUUAACCACGUCUGAUUGCCUCAAAUCAAGUGUCAACAUGUUCAAAAUCGUUCCAUUACAAAUAAGCGCGCCUUUUGUUUAAAGUGAUUAAUUCGGGAAAUUAGUAUCGUGGCACACAACCGCAUUUGUGCAUCUGUCAUCAAGCUCUUAGCCUAAGGCACUCUCUUAAAAUCAUAUGCACAAUUACACAAGUAUGAAUCUCAAAAGGGCCUGAUGAGACACCUGAUGCUAACGUGUUAGGAAAUAGGAGCAAUAAUGUACAAGCACCAUGAAGACACUUACACAGCACAGUUGGAUCUGUUCUUUCACAGAGUUAUAUAUCCAUGAUGACCUUGCUCAGAAUUCUGCCUGUUUUUCACAAGUAGGGUUUGAUUAGAACAUAUGUGACAAGUACAUCAUGACGGAAGAGAGUUUGAGGGAAUCAAUUCUUUAUCAAAGUUCACAAGAUCAUGAUCACGAAGAUGGUGGAAUUGGCAGACUGGACAACACAGCUGCAUCCGACCUGCUGGAGCAGCAGCAGGCUAUGGAGCAGGCACGACUCCUGACACGGUUCCGGGAGCUGCGUCAGUGGCAGCUGCAGCAGCAGGAGCAGUUGAUGCAUCAGCAGAAGACGCAGCUGGAGGGACUGCGACAGGAACAGCUGAAGGUGCAGAGCCUGCUACACAGAGAGAGAGAGGUGCAGUGGGGUGGAGGGAAAGUGAUACGUCAGCAAGGAAACACGCCUACAAAGACCCCUCCCCGUCGACGCCCACCUCUCCCAGCCAACAACGAACUGAUGACAGCCCUGAUGUCAGUGGUGGGGAGCCAGGAUCCACUAGCUGUUACACUAGACCAGUCUGUGUCUCAGUCCCAGACGUCUCUGCCCAUGCCGGUGUUGUAUGGGCCCCCGGCGCCGAUGUUGGACGAUACCAGCACCAACCCAGAAUUGUUCAGCAACCCAGAGUCACGCCCGGACUACCAGAGAGACAUCGACGCGGUGGAUGAUGGCGUCUGUCCCAUGCCUGACAACAUCUCUGAGAUAAGUGAUGGCUCAUAUAUGCCUCAUGGUCAGAAGAAAAACUUUAUAAGGACUCAACCGUUCCUCGGUGACCUUGCAUCAGACACUGCUUCAGUGAGGAGUGAUGGGUCGUACAUCCCUCCAAAACAGUUUAUGUCGCGGAAUGGCAGCGCUAUGCCCAUGCAGAUGCCGGUGUCACCCGAGGCGGCGUCCCUGUUGCAGACAUUGCUGCAGACGACCAAAGCUGACACAUUGAAACAGAUGCUAGGUCUCGUCCCUCCUGAGCGUGUCGUGAUUCCGGACCAGCCACAAGGGAUGCGGUCCAGAGUUGCGGACAACGAUCAGGACAUGGAUGUCAACAGAAACUGCUCUCGUGUUCAGCGCAGUCAGGAUUAUGUGGAUGAUGAAGAACAGCAUCACAAAUAUGACCGACUCCAUAAUGGGUCCCGCCAUCACUUAGAGAAGCCCCGAGAUGACAGCAGUGUUUCUGGUCGACACAGACGGAGUGCUGAGUACAGACAUACCAGUCAGGGAGAAAGGGACUUCGGUCAAAUACAGCCCGACAUGGAGAGGUUGCUUAGAGAUGCCCAAGUUCAAGGUCACUGGAAUCAGCGGAAUGGGCAACAGCUUGAUGAUACAGUCGAGGAUGACAGUUUGAUGGAGCAGGAAGUAGCAGACAUCACGGUUCAAGAGGUCCAGGAGAUGAAGGUGCUAGGUAUUGAUGACAGACCCAUCAAGUCGGAGUUGGCAGGCAAGAAGACGUUUGACCAGCUGCUGGAGGAACAGAUGAAGGAGGAAGAGGAGAGGCUGAGAGCAGGUGCUUGUGAUUCCCCCAGUACCAGAAAGAAGCCAUUUCUACGCAAAGGUCAAGGUUUGGCCAGGUUCGGCCCUGGGAAGAAAAAGGCAGCCCCUAGAAAACCUGCGACGACCGAGAAACUCCUUGACAACAAACCAUCCGCGAACACCGAGUCGAAGCCUGUCAGUAGAGUAGUGAAGGUUAACAAGGCAGCUCCCAAACCAAAGAAGUCCUCAGCUGUUUCCUCUCACAAGGUCAGCAAGGAGCCACAGUCUAGUCAGACAAAUGGACCAAAGAAAGAACCCUCUCCCAAGCAGAAGAACAAGACCACAGCCCGAAUCUCGCCACGUCAAACUGCCCCAAAACACAGCACGGCGCCACACACGGACUCCCCACCCAAUGUGAAGAGGGUGGGCCAGGCAGACUCGCCCGGUACGAAGGGGGUAGGCCGGACAGAGGAAGCUGUGCAGUUUGACGAUGAUGCAUCAUUUGUGGGGAAAAUAAGGAAAAUUGAAGAAAAUAAGAAGGUUGAGGAGGAUGAGCUGGAGGUGUUUGAGCUGCUGGAGGACUUCGCCGACAAUGUCUCCUUCUGCAGCAACUCCUCCGUGGUGUCGCGCCUGCUGCAGAAGGGGCGGGAAGAGCACCAAGCAAAUUUGAAAAAUGUCAAGGCUGUUAUAGAAGCUAAGAAGAAUGAGAAGGGAAAGCUUCCUGGACAUGCUACCAACAGUAGGUCGGGGAAACCCCGGCUCCCUGCCCACCCCGAGAUGUCCCCAAGGGACACGUCACUGAUAGACGGGGUGGAUCUCGACACCUCCUCCGACACCCUCACUGACUCUUCCUCCUCCGAGUCUUCUGAUGAGGAGUACGAGAAGGUCAAGGUCACACCGACAAAGAAAUCGGAUGUGAAUCAGUCCUAUGAGGCAUUAUUUGAUCAAAGUCAAAAGGAAGGAUUUGUGUUUGUGAACAAUAAGAACAGUGAUAGUGACGCCUUUAGAUCGUCUGAUUCAGAAAUACGGACUUCAGUGCCUUUGUCUCCAACUAAAUCAUUGACUCGUAAAAUCGCUGUUAAAGACGCAAGGCUUGGUGACUCCAGUGAGAUGCAGUCUAUACUGGAGAGACUAGCGGCCGGGGCGGAGGGAGUGGCACGAGGGACGGACGUACACGCAGGGGUCAUGACAGAUCCUUGUAGUUCUCAGGACCAGGUGAUGGUAAAUCAGAUGUUUGGCGGUGACAGCGUUGGCGGCGUUCCCCACACCAGGAGCUCCAGCAGCAGUGAGGAUGGUAUGGACGAAGACGACAGUGACGAUAGCAUUACUCGGGUCAAAGGUCAGAAGUCACAUGAUCCUGAGGUGAAGGACACGUCCUCCCUGUUUGAUGAUGAGGAUGAGUGGGCCGUUUCAGCUCCACAGACACAGAUGGCUAUGUUGGAUGCUGAAUCAGCCAGUCUGGAUGCUGACAAGUCGACACCACCCACAUCUCGACUAGUGGCCCGGCUCUUCCCCAAACUGAAGAACGCCAACCAGGUGAAACAGGCAGAGAAACACCAACAGGAGCAGCAGAAGCUCCAGGCUGUUGCCAAGGCAACGCUAGGUGAUGGGGUGCAGUCCAAGAUUCUUCGGGAUAAGCUGACUGAGAUGGACAAGGAGAUCGAGAAGUUCCGCAACGAGAACGCAGGUCUUGAAAAGUUGCGGCGAGAUAGAGAGGAGCUGUUGGGCAAGUUGCGGCAGGAGAUCUGCGACUUCGAGAAGGAGAAGGACUUGGAGGUCAAGCGCCUCGAAGAGUUCCGAGCACAGGAGGUGAAGAAGCUGAAGCAUGAGAGGAAGUUAUUCGAGCAGUACCAGAAGACUGUCAGGUCCAUGCCAGACAAACGGGAGAGGGAGGAGAUAGAUGCUCUCAAGCGACAGUUGUCAGAGCUGCAGGAUGAGAUGAAGAAGAAGGAGGGGCGGUGGACGUCGGCCAGCAACCGUCUGCGUCAGCGCCUGGAGGUGGUGGAGAUGGAGAACCAGGAACUGAAGGAGGAGGUGAAGUUGCUGGAGAAACGUCGCCUCGAGAUGUUGCAGCGGGAGACGCAGAAGAAGAAUGGUGUCCAGAAGAGUUUUCCUCGGUGCAGCACCCCCACGGAGGACAAGGAGAGGGACGUCGUCAGUGCAGUCAUCAGCAGCCAGGACCCAGUGGCCAGGUCGGCCCUACCACCUCACCACCCCCUGCUCAAUGGCUCUCAACAUUCCCAGUCCACCCUCCGACCUGACCACACCCAUGGCCACAAUGUGUCUGGUGAUGCCAUCCCUCGGAGUCAGCCGUCCGCUCCACUGUCACUGCCCAGAUCCUCAAGUCAGUCCCCCGAUGAUGACACUAGCUCAGUGGGUGCUGUUGUCAAUCUUCCACGGAAACAAAUCAGCAAGUUCUCCUCGGAGGACCCCGCUAUCGACAAGGGCGACCGCGAGUACGAGGAGACCCAGUACCCGGACGGGAAGGUUGAGAGAACGUACAGUAACGGGGCCCGGGAAAUACUCUUCGCCAAUGGAACAAGGAAGGAGAUCUCAUCAGACGGACAGUCAAUCAUUGUGUCCUUCUUCAAUGGCGACAUUAAACAGAUCUUCCCGGACCAGCGAGUUGUGUACUUCUAUGCAGAUGCUCAGACCACCCACACAACUUACCCCGACGGCCUGGAGAUCCUGCAGUUUCAGAACAACCAGAUAGAGAAGCACUACCCUGAUGGCACGAAGGAGAUCACAUUCCCGGACCAGACCAUCAAGUAUCUGUUUCCAAACGGAUCUGAGGAGAGCAUAUUCCCAGAUGGCACCGUGAUCCGCGUGGAGAAGUCCGGAGACAAGACGAUGGAGUUCCCUAACGGUCAGCGGGAAAUACACACAGAAACAUACAAGAGGAGGGAAUAUCCAGAUGGCACCGUGAAGACUGUAUACCCUGAUGGGCGCCAGGAGACUCGCUACUCCACGGGGAGGAUACGACUCAAAGACAAGGAUGGGAAUGUCAUCAUGGAUCGGAUGUGUUGACAGGAGCAUCUCGUGUGUACUCGUCUUGACAGUGUGAUCUGGAUGGUUUUGAGGUGGCGUAGGCCUGUGGUUAAAGUGUUUGCUCAUAACGCCCGGGGUCGAUUCCCCACAUAGGUAUAAGUGAAGACUGUUUCUGGUGUCCCUUGCUGUGAUAUUGCUGGAAAGUUGCUAAAAGUGACAUGCAUCCCUAUUCACUCUCGCAUUGUUGAUGAAAAUGGACUGACGCUUCUCUGGAAUAUCAUAUCACUCUGUUGAGGAACACAUUGCGAGGAUAUGUUGGUAUCCAGGCAAGGUUGUAAUAUACUUUGAUACAACUGGCUUUGCUACGGAUAAUGGAGAUGUCAUAUCUCAGCUGUAGGGGACUGUAAUGUGAUGAUACUGGACUAGUGACUCCUUGCAUCACACCAGAUGACUAGAUGAAUUGAAACUUACAGCUGACGUGAAGAAAUUUGUUUCUUGCGAAUUUGAUGGACAACACCAAGAUUCCUCCACCAACAUACAACUGUUGUUUGUAUGCUUUCUCUGAUCUAGUGGAUCUGAUGGACAACAUACACCUUCUCUGAUCUUGUGGAUCCGAUGGACAACAUACGACUUAUCUGAUCUAGUGGAUCUGAUGGACAACAUACACCUUCUCUGAUCUUUGGGUUCGAUGGACAACAUUCGACUUAUCUGAUCUAGUGGAUCUGAUGGACAACAUAUGUCUUCUCUGGUCUAGUGGAUCUGAUGGACAACAUGCACCUUCUCUGAUCUAGUGGAUCUGAUGGACAACAUAUGUCUUCUCUGAUCUAGUGGAUCUGAUGGACAUCAUACACCUUCUCUGAUCUAGUGGAUCUGAUGGACAACAUACACCUUCUCUGAUCUAGUGGAUCUGAUGGACAACAUACGACUUAUAUGAUCUAGUGGAUCUGAUGGACAACAUACACCUUCUCUGAUCUAGUGGAUCUGAUGGACAACAUACGACUUAUAUGAUCUAGUGGAUCUGAUGGACAACAUACACCUUCUCUGAUCUAGUGGAUCUGAUGGACAACAUACACCUUCUCUGAUCUAGUGGAUCUUAUGGACAACAUACACCUUCUCUGAUCUAGUGGAUCUGAUGGACAACAUACACCUUCUCUGAUCUAGUGGAUCUGAUGGACAACAUACACCUUCUCUGAUCUAGUGGAUCUGAUGGACAACAUACACCUUCUCUGAUCUAGUGGAUCUGAUGGACAACAUACACCUUCUCUGAUCUAAUGGAUCUGAUGGACAACACAAGGUGCCUCCACCAACAUAAGCCUGGUGUUUGUACACAUUUGUAACUAGUGGAUCCGAUGGACAAUGUAUGCCUUCUUUGAGUGGAUCUGAUGGACAACACAAGGUGCCUCUACCAACUUUAGCCUUGUGUUUGUGCCUGUUUGUAUCGAUUGGAACUGAUGGAAAACACAAGGUGCCACUUUCAUUUUCCAUACAUCCUUUCUCAUCAUGACAGUGUCAUGUGAAGUGCUUCAUGACAUUUGCAACACAUGACAGUGUCAGUUACUGACAGAAUAUGGUCUCCAGGAAAUCUAUAAGGUCAGAGUUAGUACAUGUAUUAAACAUGUCUGCCAUGCUCUGCUCUGUUGAAAGUGUUCUACAUGUUAAUGUAUACGUGUGACGGAGAGUAACUCGUCGGGUAGCCGAGUGGUUAAAGCGUUCGCUCGUCACGCCGAGGUUCGAUUCCCGACAUGGGUACAAUGUGUGAAGCCCAUUUCUGGUGACCCCCGCCAUGAUAUUGCUGGAAUAUUGCUAAAAGCGGCGUAAAACCAUACUCACUCACUCACUCACUCCUGCUCUUAGUUUCUGUAGCUUCUAUAUGGGACAAGUUCAAAAUUUAGAUCCCAAAAAAUAUUUCAGAGGAGGGAAUAUCCAGAUGGCACCGUGAAGACUGUAUACCCUGAUGGCCGCCAGGAGACUCGCUACUCCACGGGGAGGAUACGACUCAAAGACAAAGAUGGGAAUGUCAUCAUGGAUCGGAUGUGUUGACCGGAGCAUUAUUGUGUGUUCUGGUCUUGAUAGUUUGAGGUGGCGCAAGGCCUGUGGAUGAAGUGUUCACUCUCCACGCCUAAAAAAAUAAAAUAUUUAUGUCAGGUGCCAAAUAUCUGUGAUAUACCUAGGUCACAAAUGGUUGUACAAAUGUGGAAGUGUUUUAACCUGUUUGUGAUAAGACUUUUCUUCACCAAUUCUUCACCUCGAUUUAAUUGGCUGUUUUUGGAAUUGUAGCGUUUUAGGACAAGUCUUUGAGCAGGUUCCCAAUUUCACAAAGAACACAGUGUCUGGAGAUGUUGAUUUGUGAAACAUUUGGUGCAUAAUGUUAAGACCUUUCAGUGAAAGCUGCAACGCCAUUGACUUGGUCACAUAUGUACUUGACAGGGGGACAAUAGGAUUGAGAUUAUGUUCUGAUUUGAUUUCAAUAUCCAAUUAAGAUGGAAUAUCACACAAGAAAUAGGUAAUCAACAAAGUUAUGUACCGUUUUGCAAUAGAUCAAAAUUUAAGAGAGCUUUACCAUGAAAUCUUAUUUGCCCAAAAGUGUGUUUUACCAAUUUAUAACAACUCUAAGCCCUACUUCCUUAAAUCUUUCCACACUGAAGCAAUAACUUGUCUGACAACAGAAUAGAUCCUCUUACAUAUAGGGUAGAGAGAUCUAAAUAAAUCAUGUUAAAACCUGUGUAUUUAAAGAUGAAAAAAGCAUUUAUGAUAUCAGUUAGUUGUGUUGUCUGAUGCAGCCAGUAUAUUGUACAGAGCUUCACAAGUGCCUUGUAGUCGGUGUUUAAGACGCAUCAUAUUUACAUGAUGAAUAAAUGAAUGAAACUAAAAA